UGAAAUUCCAAGUCUUGAGGGGCCGAAGGUAUAUAUAUAUGUAUACAUGUAGAUACUAUAUAUAAAAUAUCUAUGCAGAAAAGACUAGGAACCAGGCCAGUCGAGUAGCGCCAGAUCUACAUAUGCCAACUAGUACCAACACCAAAUCAAUUGAUGACAACUUGUUAGCAAAGAAUGUCUGCGGCUGACAGUUUUCCACAUACACACAUGUAAGACGGACCACCCCUCACACUAUUUGACAGGCCGUCACACAGACAUGUGGCGUUAAUCUUUGCUUUCAAAGCAUCACUGCAUCAUUAUCACAUUUAUUUUUGUAGCCAUGGCCUCAUCAACCGUGUACGCGGCUGCCGCUGUGAUCAUCGUGUCACUCUAUUUCUAUUAUAUUGCAAAGCCCAAGUCAUCCUUGCCGCUUGCGCCAGGUCCGCCCUCCUUGCCCAUUCUCGGUAACGUCCACCAAGCACCCAAGUCAUAUCCAUGGCUCCAGUACCAUGCCUGGAGCAAGAAGUACGGCCCCAUCAUCCAUCUCAACAUGGCUGGGCAGCACGUGAUUGUCUUGACGAGCUCAAAAGCAGCUCAUGAUCUCCUGGCCAAGCAGGGCGCCAUCUUUUCGGACCGACCUCGCUUUGUCGUUGCCCAUGAGCUGGCCCUGCAGGGAAUGCAUAUGCUCUUGCGACCAUACGAUGAGCGCUUCAAGCUGCACCAGAGACUGGAGAGCCCAGUCCUGAGCAAGAGCGCGGCAAGAGCCUAUCUUCCCUUCCAGGAUCUCGAGUCAAAGCAGCUUCUGUUCGAUCUGCUGGAAGACGCUGGCCGGUCCACUAAUUGCCACGGCUAUAUGGAACGCAUGACCGCCAGCAUCAUAUACUCGUUAUUCUACGGCUAUCGUGUUCACUCGGCGGUAGAUCCCAUCCUUCUGCAGGCCCACGCUGUCAACCACGAGUUUGACCAUCUAGCGCAAGUUGGGAAGUACCUGGUCGAUUCAUUUCCUGUGCUGAACAAGCUGCCACGAUUCCUGGCACCAUGGAAGACUGAAGCUGCUUUGCACUGGCAACGGCAAUGCGCGCUGCACGUGGGAAACCUCGAGCGCGGCCUGGCCAGCAGCAGCUGGAACAUAGCCAAGCAGAUGCAGGAGGCCGUGGACACCCAGUCCAUCGUUAUGCCGACUACGGAGCUGGCGCUCGACAUUGGCAUCAUGGCAGAUGCCGCACUCGACGCCAGUACCGAAACCAUGAUGUGGUUCGUGGUGGCCUGCAUAACCGAGGGCCACCGCGACUGGAUGUCCGGGGCCCAGAAGGAGCUGGACAUUACGGUGGGACGCGAAAGGCUGCCCGGCUUUGAGGACCGACCUGCACUUCCCUAUAUCGAAGCCAUCCUGGAGGAACUGUUGCGGUGGCGACCUGCCGGCCCCGCGGGCGUGCCGCACUUCACCAAAGUCGAGACCAGCUACGAGGGAUUCCGCAUCCCAGCCAAUUCGGUCGUCAUACCCAACCACUGGUCCAUCACGCGUGAGGAAGCUGUUUUUGGUCCCGACGUGGAAGCUUUCGUGCCAGAGCGGUGGCUUAACGUCAAAUCCACACAAAAAGAGCUUCCAACCGUUGGAUUUGGGUACGGACGCCGCAUAUGUCCCGGCCGUCAUGUUGCGCGCAACGGCUUAUGGAUUGCUAUUGCCCGCCUCCUGUGGGCCUUCGAUGUGAAGCGUGAGCUGACAGAGACGGGCGAGCCCGUCGUUGUAGACACAAAAGGCACCGAUGGACUGGUCACCAAGCCGCUGCCAUUCAGGGCUCGCUUUUCGCCGCGGGGCGACUGGGUCGAUGAUAUCGUGACGAGAGAAUGCAACACGUGGGGCGUGAAUCAUCAUGAGAUCCUUAACCGGAUUGCUUCAGAUGUAUCCAAAUGAUCGACACUAGAUUAGAUUUUCAUUUUUCACUUGCCUCAACGUUGGAUGUGAGCUUUCUGGGGACAGAAGUUGAGGGGGAAUAAUUUUAUUGCUGAUAACUUCAUUCUUGAAUGGAUUUCUGCGUACUGUGACCGUUAAAGCAAGUAUUCUAAU